AUGCGUGAAGGACUUCUCGUUGAUGAGGUAACCGACGUCGUUUCAACCACAAAGAAGAAGAAAUCAGGAGAGCAAGACAAUAAUAAUAAUAAUAAUAAGCAGCUAGAUAAGGUUAUACUGUUAGUGGCAGACAAAGAUAUCACAAAACAAGCAGCUAUUCCACCACAACCCAUUGUUGUUAGCCGCGCUCGAUCCCAAUCCGCCACCCGCCGUGUCACUCCCGCCACCACCUCCGUCGCCACCGCCAGCAGCUCGUCUGACACCACUGUAGAAAAGCAUCUCCCAAACGGGGAUCUCUACAUCGGCUCAUUCUCGGGUCACGCGCCACACGGAUCCGGAAAAUACCUCUGGACCGACGGGUGCAUGUACGAAGGCGAGUGGCGUCGUGGUAAAGCAUCUGGAAAAGGGAAAUUCUCUUGGCCUUCGGGAGCUACUUUUGAAGGGGAAUUUAAGUCGGGUCGGAUGGAUGGAUUCGGUACUUUUACUGGAUCCGACGGGGACACUUACCGUGGGUCGUGGAGCUCCGAUCGAAAACAUGGUCAUGGGCAAAAAAGGUACGCGAAUGGAGAUUUCUAUGAAGGGACAUGGAAGAAGAAUUUACAAGACGGGCAAGGGAGGUAUGUGUGGAAAAAUGGGAAUGAGUAUGUUGGUGAGUGGAAAAAUGGCGUUAUUUCAGGGAAAGGGGUUUUGAUUUGGGCUAAUGGGAAUAGAUAUGAUGGGCAAUGGGAGAAUGGAGUGGCGAAAGGUGAUGGGGUUUUUACAUGGCCAGAUGGGAGUUGUUAUAUUGGGAGUUGGAAUAAUAAUAAGGAUUUAAAAGGACAGCAAUUGAAUGGCACAUUUUAUCCUGGGAAUGGGAAGGAAUGUUGUUUAAAAGGGAGUGAGAGCGAUUUGGUUUUGACCACUACAGCGACGAGGAAGAGGUCGUCAGUUGAUGGAGGGAGAGGGAGUGGGCUGAAUUUUCCUAGGAUUUGUAUUUGGGAAAGUGAUGGGGAUGCUGGGGAUAUUACUUGUGAUAUUAUUGAUAAUGUGGAAGCAGAGAAGAUUUAUCGAGAUGGGUUAGGGUUGGAUCGAGAUGGGAUUAGGCAGUUUAGAAGAGGGCCGUGUUGUUUUACUGGUGGAGAGGUCAAGAAACCCGGGCUGACUAUCUCGAAAGGGCAUAAGAAUUAUGAUUUGAUGCUUAAUUUGCAAUUGGGUAUUAGGUAUUCUGUUGGGAAGCAUGCCCAGAUUUUGAGGGACUUGAAGCCUAGUGAUUUUGAUCCAAAGGAGAAGUUCUGGACGAGGUUUCCACCUGAAGGAUCAAAAAUUACACCUCCACAUCAGUCUUUUGAUUUUCGAUGGAAGGAUUACUGUCCUGUGGUGUUUAGACAUUUGAGAGAGCUUUUUCAAGUAGAUCCUGCUGAUUACAUGCUAGCUAUUUGCGGCAAUGAUGCCCUUAGAGAGCUUUCUUCUCCAGGGAAGAGUGGAAGCUUCUUUUACCUUACUCAGGAUGACAGGUUUAUGAUAAAAACAGUGAAGAAAUCAGAAGUCAAGGUGCUUAUUAGGAUGCUUCCCAGUUAUUACCAACAUGUUUGUCGGUAUGAAAAUUCGCUGGUGACAAAGUUCUUUGGUGUGCAUUGUGUUAAACCAAUUGGCGGACAGAAGACCCGUUUCAUUGUGAUGGGCAAUCUGUUCUGUUCAGAGUAUAGAAUACAUCGUAGAUUUGACCUGAAAGGAUCCUCCCAUGGCCGCACAACAGAUAUGCCCGAGGGUGAGAUUGAUGAAACCACAACUCUUAAGGACCUUGAUCUCAAUUUUGUUUUUCGUCUACAGCGAAAUUGGUUCCAGGAGCUUAUCAAGCAAAUUGAUCGUGAUUGUGAAUUUUUGGAAGCUGCAAAAAUUAUGGAUUAUAGUCUCUUGGUUGGUCUACACUUCCGUGAUGACCAUAAUUAUGACAAAAUGGGAUUGUCACCAUUUCUUUUGCGCUCUGGAAAAAAGGAUUCCUAUCAGAAUGAAAAAUUCAUGCGUGGUUGUCGCUUUCUUGCAGCGGAGCUACAAGACAUGGAUCGGAUUUUAUCUGGCAGGAAACCUCUAAUAAGAUUGGGAGCGAACAUGCCAGCAAGAGCAGAGCGGAUGGCGCGAAGGAGUGAUUUUGAUCAGUACACCCCUGGUGGAUUUAGCUAUUUGACCCCUUCUCGAAGUGGUGAAAUCUACGAAGUAGUCCUUUAUUUUGGAAUUAUUGACAUUUUACAAGACUAUGAUAUUAGCAAGAAGUUGGAGCAUGCCUACAAAUCUUUACAAGCCGACCCCACCUCAAUUUCAGCAGUAGAUCCAAAACUCUACUCAAAGAGGUUCCGGGAUUUCAUUGGGAGAAUAUUUAUAGAAGAAAGUGAAAGGGAGGCAUUGGGCAGGAGGGUUAAGACGUGA